GUUUACCUGGGAAGAAACAAGACUGCCAGAGCCGUGCUGCAGAUAUCCUGCUGACAAUCCCUGAAAAGACAAAACUGGAUUAUCCUUGUGAAAGAAAAGAUACAACGAUGGAGCCUGUCCAUAUUAAAGAGGAGAGUCACAUACUAGAAUCAGUCCAUAUGAAAGAAGAGAGCCCUGUACUUGAAUCAGUCCAUAUUAAAGAGGAGAGUCCUGUACUAGAAUCAGUCCAUAUUAAAGAGGAGAGUCCUGUCCUAGAAUCAGUCCAUAUUAAAGAGGAGCUUCCUGAACUAGACCCUGUCCAUGUUGAAGAGGAGGGUAACCCUUUUAAAACAAGCAGCUUGCAGGGCUCUCUGUCCUGUACAGAAUGUGGAAAGAGUUUCAGUCAGUUACAAAACCUGAAACGUCACCAGCGAAUCCACACUGGAGAGAAACGAUAUGUCUGUGCUGACUGUGGGAAGAGUUUCAGUCAGUUAGGAAACUUGAAAAGACACCAGAGAAUUCACACUGGAGAGAAACCAUAUGUCUGUUCUGACUGUGGGAAGAGUUUCAGUCAGUCUCACACUUUGAAAAUACACCAGCAAAUCCACACUGGCGUGAAACUACACAUCUGUGCUGUCUGUGGGAAGAGUUUCAGUCAGUUACAAAACCUGAAACUUCACCAGCGAAUCCACACUGGAGAGAAACGACAUGUCUGUGCUGACUGUGGGAGGAGUUUCAGUCAGUCUGGCACUUUGAAAAUACACCAGGGAAUCCACACUGGUGUGAAACUACACAUCUGUGCUGACUGUGGGAAGAGUUUCAGUCAGUUACAAAACCUGAAACUUCACCAGCGAAUCCACACUGGAGAGAAACCAUAUGUCUGUGUGGACUGUGGGAAGAGUUUCAGUCAGUCUGGCACUUUGAAAAUACACCAGCGUAUCCACACUGGAGAGAAACCGUAUCCAUGUAGUAGAUGUGGGAAAAGUUUCAGUCGGUUAGUACGCCUUAAAAGACACCAGUUAAUUCACACAGGAGAGAAGCCAUAUCACUGUAAGGACUGUGGGACGAGUUUCAGUGAUCCAGGCAACUUGAAAAGACACCAGCAAAUCCACACAGGAGAGAAACCGCAUGUCUGUGCGGACUGUGGGAAGAGAUUCAGUGAUCCAGGCAACUUGAAAAAACACCAGAAAAUUCACACCGGAGAGAAACCUCAUCACUGUAAUGACUGUGGGAAGAGUUUCAGCCGGAUAAACCAAUUUAAAAUACACCAGCGAUUCCACACAGGAGAGAAACCUUACCACUGCAGUGACUGUGGGAAGUCUUUUAAUGCUUCCAGUUCUCUUAAAAGACACAAAUGCAAGCUGUGAAAGUUUAGGCAGAAUGUGAGAGUGUGUUCAUUCACCCGCACUCAGAAAUUCCAGUCUUUUUAAACAGCAGCUUAAUAUAAAAACUGUCUACAGUGCUCUGAAGCUGUUCCAUCAUAAAGUACAUUCCUAUGUUUUAUAUCAUUAAUAUCAUUGAAUGCCCCUUUGAAAUAGUUUUAAAACACAGCCUGUUGUCUUUCCAACUCAUAUCUGUUUAACUCUAAUCAGUAAGAAGGGUUUCUAGUAGUAUGAUUAGUAAACUGUUUACCCCUAAUGUAACUUAAAACAUGAGUAUCGAUGUUUCUUAAGAAACUGCACAGAUGCCAUUUCUUAAUCAGUGUUAAGUUUAUUUCAUACAUGCAGGGAAACCAGUCCAAGUAUAGAUCCGAUUACCAGUUGUUACAUCUUUUACAUGACAUUAAAAACCCUUCUGCAUAGGUGUCUCUCUCCUCCUCUUUCUCUGACGCUUAACCAAUAGAAAAGGUACAACACAUUAUUCUGUUACCAUAUAUUUAAUUUUGUGUGUGUGUGUCUGUGUGUAAUCUAGUGUGACGACCUCUGAACUCAGUGCAUUCUUCAGACCCCUGGUGGUGCCCCAAAAAGGUCCAUACAUCUGGUUUUUGUCAUCUUCCUUGUUCCUAUCUCUCCGUUUUGCCUGAGACCCUUUGAGUCCAGUGGCAUUAUCUCUUAUUCUCCCUGUGAACCUUUGGGUCCAACGGCAGUCCCUGGGAGCCUUUUAGCUCCUUUAUGCUUUGUAUUCCCAAAAGUCUUGGAGCCUGGCAGCUUCUGGUCCACAGCAUUGUUAUCUUGUUAGCUUGCAGUCAAUGUUGGACAAGAAGCUUGUAGACGCAAGGUCUCUUAUCAAUUGUUAGCAGUACAUGCAAUUUGAACCAAACAGUCUGCUAUCUGCAAUAUUAGUCUCUUUUCAGAAAAGAACACCAGUAUAGCUCUGCCAGUCCACAUGUGUAGCAAACUGCUAAUCAAUUCUCGAUCCAUGUUUUCCAACAACCCGCAUGCCGGAUAAUCAUAAAUCCUCAUUUUAUAUGUGAAGUGUUCUAAAUAAAUGUGCAUUCUGCAUGACAAAAUGCACAAUUUUAAAUGAAGUUUACAAAUUAUACACAACAGAUAUUCCCAUUGUUUUUUAUUUCCAUAAUAAUAAUAAUAAUAAUAAUAAUAAUAAUAAUAAUAAUAAUAAUAAUGUUUCACUUUUAAAUACUUAAGAAGUUAAUAAAAAGGAUCAAUGAAGGAAUUUGUAAAGAAACACAAUUGACAUUGCAGUAAGUUGUAUAUAUAAAUGUAUAAAAAUAAAAUAAUGUUGUUGAAAAUAUCAGUUCAGCUAUACUACUAUUGUCCAGCUGUCUUUAUUUAUUUAUUUAUUUAAAUACGUGCCAGAUAAUCAUAAAUCCUCAUUUUAUAUGUGAAGUGUUCUAAAUAAAUGUACAUUCUGCAUGACAAAAUGCACACUUUUAAAUGAAGUUUGCAAAUUAUACACAACGUAGAUAUUCCCAUUGUUUUUUAUUUCCAUUUGGCUGCUGCUCGCUGGUGGGAGAGUCGCCUCCCUGUACGCUAUUAGUUUCUAUAACAGUGAAUUAUGCUUCCUUUCAUUUUUCUUGAUCUCGUUGACAUGCAUUUCCCCUGAUCUAUUCGUUGAGACAGGAAAUGAUGUAGGUGACCUGUGACAAUAAAGCUUUAACGAGGAAAUGACCUCAUCGACUCAGUUUCAGAGCAAAGAAUUUUGAAUGCUUGAAUCGGAUCGCCGCGUAGUCUUCUUUGUUCAAGACUGAAUAGAUUCAGUUCUUUUAGCCUGUCUGCAUACGACAUGCCUUUUAAACCCGGGAUAAUUUUGGUCGCUCUUCUUUGCACUCUUUCUAGAGCAGCAAUAUCCUUUUUGUAACGAGGUGACCAGAACUGAACACAAUAUUCUAGGUGAGGUCUUACUAAUGCAUUGUAAAGUUUUAACAUUACUUCCCUUGAUUUAAAUUCAACACUUCUCACAAUAUAUCCGAGCAUCUUGUUGGCCUUUUUUAUAGCUUCCCCACAUUGUCUAGGUGAAGACAUUUCUGAAACUCCUAGGUAUUUUUCAUAGAUUCCUUCAAUUUCAGUGUGUCCCAUAUGAUAUUUAUAAUGCACAUUUUUAUUGCCUGCGUGCAGUACCUUACACUUUUCUCUAUUGAAUGUCAUUUGCCAUGUGUCUGCCCAGUUCUGAAUGCUGUUUAGAUCAUUUUGAAUGACCUUUGCUGCUGCAACAGUGUUUGCCAGUCCUCCUAUUUUUGUGUCGUCUGCAAAUUUAACAAGUUUGCUUACUAUACCAGAAUCUAAAUCAUUAAUGUAGAUUAGGAAUAGCAGAGGACCUAAUACUGUGGUACACCACUGGUUACCUCGCUCCAUUUUGAGGGUUCUCCUCUAAUCAGUACUUUCUAUUUUCUACAUGUUAACCACUCCCUAAUCCAUGUGCAUGCAUAUCCUUGAAUCCCUACUGCGUUCAGUUUGAGAAUUAAUCUUUUAUGCGUGACAAAAGAGUGCUAUCAGCUGGGGAUUGACUGAGGAGUUGGGGUCAGUGUUCUCAGCACUGCCAGACCCAGGGGUUGAAAUAGUCAGUGUUGAUGUGGGGCAGAGGAGUCCACAUCAAUGAACUGUUGCUGUUGCUUUAAGGUGCCUGUUUACCUGGGAAGAAACAAGACUGCCAGAGCCGUGCUGCAGAUAUCCUGCUGACAAUCCCUGAAGUGCCUGUUUACCUGGGAAGAAACAAGACUGCCAGAGCCGUGCUGCAGAUAUCCUGCUGACAAUACCUGAAG